UUCACUAGUCAAUCUGAUAUCUGGAGUUAUGGUAUUUUGCUAUGGGAAUUAUUUUCCUAUGGAUGUCAGCCUUAUCCUCAGCGCUCAGAAGAUGAAAUAUUAGGCCUCGUUGAAGGCGGUUUCCGCUUAGAUUGUCCGAAGGGUUGCCCUACGAGUAUGUAUGAUAUUAUCACGAGUUGCUGGGAUAUUUUACCACAGAAUAGGACGACAUUUGAAAAGAUUAAGCAGUUAUUGUCGAAUGCAACUAUCGAC